AUGGCGCAUCUCUUCUUCACAGGCGCAGGCGCAGCAGCAGCUGCACUGCCCAUCAGCGACCGCGAUGAGGUGUCACCGGUGUGGUCGAUCUACGACGACUACUGCUGUGGCGCCUCGCAGCAUGCUGAGGUGGACGAUCCACAAAUGGAUCGCGGAGUGAUGGGCAGCUGUGGAGGUACAGCACUGCCCCGGCUUCCCUUCAUCUCGGGCCCUGUGUCAUCCAUGACGUUGAAAGGCGCUCAGCUGAAGAAAGAGGCGCCAAUUCGCCGGGGUGCCCAGGGAGCCGUAUACUCUGCCCUCGACGUGGCCGGCCGCACACCUGCGGAAGACGAGAGUGCAAAGAGGCUUAUUUUACAGGAGGUGUGCAGAGGGCAUGGGGACGAAGGGGAGGUUGCGGAUGGCGGGCAAAGGCCGGCGCGGAGCGGUCGCCGUGUUGCCGUAAAGCGCAUUUUUAUUCAGGCAAGUGACUUUGGUGCCCGCGACAUCUCCGCGACGGUGCUGCGUGAGGUAACGCUGCAUCGCUUUGUGAGUGAGAAGCAAGCUGCGUACCUUGCGGCAGCGGGCGCUUCUUACUCCACUGGCUCAGCCUCCGACGCCACGGCGCGUGCAGAGGACGAUCAAGCUCAGGCACUCUGUAAUCUCAUCGACGACUCUGCACGAGUCAUUCACCUCUACCGUGUUGUGGAGGCCCCGCACAAGGAGAUGUGCCUAGUGAUGGAGCUCGCGGCAACCAACCUGGAGCAGAUCGUGUACCCGCACGGCGCCCGCGGUGCCCCGAAGGGCGAUGGCGCCGGAGGCUACAGGCGGAAACCUGGCGUGGUUUCCCUGUUUGGCUCCUCUGCCUCUACUGGUGUCGGCGGCGGUCUGGGCCAGUCCUCCGCCUCGCCGUCUACAACGCCCAACGUUGCAACGGUAGAAGUGGGCCCGCAGGCGUCGUCGGCCUCUCCGCCACCCUCCCGACUGCCGCUCGUGCGCUACGUGAUGCGCCGCCUGCUACGCCUCACAUGUUUCCUACACGAGACGUGUUGUGUGGUGCAUCGAGACCUGAAACUGAGCAAUGUGCUGGUGUCGAAGGACGCUGGGCUUCGCCUUGGUGACUUUGGGUCGGCGCGUUUCAUUCCACCCUUUCGGUCGGCGACGAAGACCGGGGGUGAGAACUCUCCGUCUCUUCCCGAGCCUCCUGCGGUACCUGCGGGCCAGCGUGAGCACCUCCUGUGCACCCCCCCAUCGAUACGCACAACACUCCACUAUCGACCUCCCGAGGUGCUCCUCGGCGACCAGGUGUGCCGCACUGCGGCAGAUGUUUGGGCGCUAGGUGUGAUCUUUGCGCAGUUGCUGCUGCAGAAGGGCUUGUUCCAUUCUAAGAGCGAGCUAGACCUGCUGGGAGCCAUUCAGAAGCUGCUCGGAAUGUCAGCGUACAGCGCGCCGCCUUCGUGGCUCGCCGCGCCUUCGGUGCCCGGCCCGCCGAGGGACGGGGAAUUCGCUGUACACGUUCCAGCCCCGCAGGCAAGUCUCCCGUACAAGUUCCACGCCGGUGUCGUACCCGCCGAUGGGCUGGACCUGCUGUCGCGGAUGCUGCACCAGCAACCCGAGUGCCGCAUCACCGCCCGCGAAGCACUACAGCACCCUUUUCUGAACCUUGAGGGUCUCUCUGCGGCGGCUACACACGACGACGACAAGAUAGGGCGAGUGCUGUGGGAGGAGAGAGUGGCGACGGUGCUGCGUGAGCAGGCGACGGGCCACAUCUACGGUAUGGGAGGAAGUGAGCUGCGGCCCAUGCUCAUAUGUCUCGCUGAUAACGAGGACGAAGAGGAUCAAGAGGUCGACGAGGACGGCGUCGCCCCUUUCUCCGUUAACCUGGGCGGGGGCACGUCAUACUAA